GAGCGAAUGAGCAUGUUCGUCAUUCUCCUCAACUGUCUGACUCUGGGAAUGUUUCAACCUUGUAAUGACCAAGUGUGUACAAGCAUGCGCUGUCAUGUACUGGAGGGAUUUGACCAUUUUAUUUUCACAUUCUUCGCUUUUGAAAUGAUCGUCAAAAUGUCUGCCAUGGGAGUAUUUGGCAAAGAAACAUACCUGGCUGAUUCUUGGAAUAGACUGGACUGCUUUAUAGUCCUUGCAGGGGCUGUGGAGUAUGGAAUAGACACAGAAAAUCUCAGCAUAUCAGCUAUCCGAACAAUACGUGUGCUUCGUCCUCUCAGGGCCAUAAAUAGAAUACCUAGUAUGAGAAUCCUGGUGAUGUUACUUCUUGACACUCUGCCCAUGUUGGGCAAUGUGCUGUUGUUGUGUUUCUUUGUGUUUUUUAUAUUCGGGAUCAUUGGAGUACAGUUGUGGGCGGGAAUUCUACGCAAUAGAUGUUUUAUACAGUUACCAGACAAUAUUUCAUCAGAUAUAAAUCUGCCUCCGUUUUUCAAGCCCCGAAAGUAUGAUUAUAUAUGUAGUAAGCCGGGUGAAGCAGGGAUGAGAACUUGUACCGAUCUGCCUCUGUACGUGAGCAGUGGAAUCAAAUGCAAUGACAGUGCCAAGGCAUUUAGCAAUAAUUCUCGGACAAACCAAUCUUGUGUUAACUGGAACCAGUAUUAUACAAAGUGUGAGGCUGGGGAUCGAAACCCCUUCCUCGGUGCCAUAUCAUUCGAUAAUAUAGGAUUAGCAUGGGUAGCAAUUUUUCAGGUCAUUAGUCUAGAAAGUUGGGUGAACAUUAUGUACUAUGUUCAAGAUGCUCAUUCCUUUUGGGACUGGAUGUAUUUUGUCGCAUUAAUUGUGAUUGGCUCAUUUUUUAUGAUCAACUUGUGCUUAGUUGUUAUCGCAACACAAUUUUCCGAAACGAAAAAGCGAGAGACUGAGCGAAUGCUACAAGAGAGAAAGCGUUUCCAGUCAUCAAGCACUCUUGCCAGCAACUCCGAACCAGGGGGUUGCUACACCGAACUCUUAAAACUGUUAGUUCAUUAUGGACGCAAGGCCAAACGGAAAGUUAUAAGAUAUUAUUAUAGAGUUAGGGGAAAAAGACAGAGAAAAAUUAACCCUGAAAAGGCAAUAUCUCUGCGAAGGAAGAGACGUAAAAAGAAAGGUAUUCACACAGUGUAUGUGCACACUCAAACACAUAGCCUCCAACUUCAUCAACCUCAGCAUCAUCAUGUCAAUGUUGUGACGCCCGACGUUUACCCGCCAACUCUCUCCCGUGCCGACAGCAGCCCACAGGCACCGAGGGCGAGUCCGGAAUUUUCCGACAUAGACCCCAUAUCAUCACCACGGCGACCCAAUUUUUUGAUGUUACCCAGCAACAAUAAUAGUCUGAAUCCGUCGUCGGAAUCGCUAAACACACUGCCGUAUUCUGGUGAGGGACUGACACCCACGUUUUUCAAAUCCUAUCAGGCUUCCUCUCCAAACCACCUUUCGGCCAAUGUGGGUCUUAGUAGGGCCUCUUCGUUCAAUAGUGGGCGCUUUGCCUGUGCCAGUAAUACUUUUCCUUCGCUGCCGGAAGUCCUCGCAGCGCAUGGCGCUAAGAACGCAGCUCUUGCUGCCUCAAAUUUGCUGUUGAAUGUCGACAGUGAGUCGAGUAAGCUUCAGUCAGUGGUGGAUAAAGGGCUGUUUGCAGAAAAUCUUCUUGUUGAUAUUGUUGGUGAAAAGCGGUUGUCACGGCAACAAAGUGACUGCAACACCAACCACAACAGCCGUUCACAUUCCGAAUAUGACAUCAGUGACAGCGAGAAAGAUCGUGAUUCUGACUCUGACUCUGACUGGAAGGAUGACAUUGACCAAGAACCAAAGAAGAAACCUGACUGGGUGUACAAAUGCCAGUCGUUCAUGGCCGUGGUCGUGGAAAGCAAUGUGUUUUCCAGAGGAAUCCUCCUAGCCAUUUUGCUCAACACCCUCAGCAUGGGCAUCGAGUUCCACAACCAGCCUGAAACCUUGACACUUGCUUUGGAGUACAGUAACAUUGUCUUCAGUGUUCUCUUUGGAAUGGAAAUGUUUUUCAAACUCUUGGCCUAUGGUUUGUUUGGAUACAUCAGUGAUGGCUUCAAUGUGUUUGAUGGCUUCAUUGUCAUCCUCAGUAUUGUAGAGCUUUCCCAAGGUGGCGCCAGUGGUCUGUCUGUUCUGCGUACAUUCCGUCUACUCCGAAUUCUCAAGCUGGUCCGCUUCAUGCCGGCCCUGCGACGGCAGCUUGUCGUGAUGCUGCGGACCAUGGACAAUGUGGCCACCUUCUUUGCUCUUCUCGUUCUCUUCAUGUUCAUAUUCAGUAUUUUAGGCAUGAAUCUGUUUGGUGGUAAAUUUUGUGAGAUGGACAACGGCUUGGCGUGCACGUGUGACCAAAUCAAGAACACAAGUCUAGAUUGUCAGUGUGAUAGGGCCAACUUUGACACACUCUUGUGGUCUCUGGUCACAGUCUUUCAGGUAUUAACACAAGAGGACUGGAACACCGUGUUGUACAAUGGCAUGGCUAAGACGUCGCCGUGGGCGUCACUCUACUUCAUAGCACUGAUGACGUUUGGCAACUACGUCCUCUUCAACCUCCUCGUUGCCAUUCUUGUUGAGGGUUUCUCUACAGAUGAUGAUGAGAAGAAGAAGGAGAAGCAGAAGGAGUUGGACGAACUUGAGAAGGAGGAGAACAACAACAUCGAUGACCUACAGAAGGAGAAGGAUCACCUCAGUAGUACCGAGGUGGAUGUCAAAAACAACCAAGAGAAAGAGAAGAAAAUGUUAGCUCUUCCACCUCCUGUAUCAAUCACCAAAGACGACAACUCGACUCAGGUCCAGACUGCCCCACCGCCAGAUGGACCCUUGAAUCCACCAAUCAUAACCCACACAGCUGCCACUCCCAUGGCAACGCCACAAGGCUCACCCAAUGAGAGUGCUGUAAAGGACAUCAAUAACAAGUUGGCAGUGUCCAUUGGACGAACCAUGCAACGUAGUACCCUGUCUGUAGAAUCUGACAGAACAUCGACAAGCCUCAGUUACCGAGGUUCUCCCCGCCCUACACCCCGCCCCCUUUGCCGGACCAGUAGCCGUGGUAGUCAGCGCAGUAGCAGCUGGCGUCUGAAGAACCGACGUCGUGACGGUGACAAGACCAGCCUGGUGAUUGACAGUCAGUCGGACAGUUUUGAUGACUUCGACGAUGACGUCUUCUCGUCCAGUCAGAACUCUCAAUCUCCGACCUACACGCCCGGCACUCCACGGACCCCUAACAACCACAACUAUUCUGUGACCUACUUCUUCAGUGACUGCAAUGGCCAUCCUCCAUUGAACAACCAAAGGACUCUGAGCCCACAGAACUCUCUGAAAGGUCAACGGGCUCUGGAACCGAAAAACUCCAUCAAAAGCAACCACAGCUGGAGCCGCAACAACUCAGUGACCAGUCACAGCAUCUGCAACUCGUUCGAGCUGAGUCGGCAGAACUCGUUCACCAGCCACCGGACCCUCAACUCCAUGGGAAGUGGAGCCUCUAAGGAUGACUACAAGCAGAACAACCUUAGUGAGCCACCAGAGGUGAAGGAAAAUGAAGAAGAAGAAGAAGAUCCAGAUGCUAUGGAUGAGACAGAUUGGGAUUGUGCAUGUAUUCCAGAACCUACAGGUUGUUUCAAAACCCGUCAAGAAUAUUCACUCUAUAUCUUCUCCAAUGAAAAUGGAAUACUCCGGUUUUGUCACCACCUGAUUUCCAGGAAGUGGUUUGACAACUGUGUUUUAUUCUUCAUUGCUCUCAACUGUAUCACACUAGCUAUGGAGCGCCCAGAUAUUCCUCCAAAAAGUGAAGAGAGAAGGUUCCUCACAUACUCCAAUUAUGGCUUUACGUUCAUCUUUGCUACAGAAAUGAUUCUGAAAGUUUUAGCUAAAGGCUUCAUUGUGGGGAAACAUGCCUACUUGAAGAGUGGAUGGAACAUCAUGGAUGGAUUUCUCGUCAUGAUCUCCCUUGUUGACACCCUCAUCUCAUUUGUCGCCAAUAGUAGUCCAAAGAUCUUUGGAAUUCUUCGAGUGUUUAGACUUCUUCGGACUCUCAGACCUUUGAGAGUAAUUAGUCGUGCUCCAGGACUGAAACUAGUUGUGCAGACAUUACUAUCUUCUUUACGACCAAUCGGAAACAUUGUCCUCAUCUGUUGUACAUUUUUUAUUAUUUUUGGUAUACUGGGAGUUCAGCUGUUCAAGGGGAUGUUUUAUCACUGCAAGGGACCAAGUGUGAAGCACAUAGUGAACCGCACACAGUGUGAGAAAGACAUGGCUAAUUCCUGGGUUAAUCAGAAGUACAAUUUUGACAACCUGGGACAGGCUUUAAUGGCUCUCUUUGUCUUGGCUUCCAAAGAUGGUUGGGUGAGCAUAAUGUACACCGGAUUGGAUGCAGUUGGGGUAGAUCAGCAGCCAAUCGAAAACUACAACGAAUGGAGACUGGUCUAUUUCAUCUCGUUCCUCCUACUGGUCGGUUUCUUCGUGCUGAACAUGUUCGUGGGUGUGGUAGUUGAGAACUUCCACAAGUGCCGUGAGUCACAGGAGUUGGAGGAGAGAGCAGUGAGGGCGCAGAAACGACAGAACAAAUUGGAGAGAAAGCGAAAGAAACUAAGAGAGCCACCAUAUUGGGCUAAUUACUCGACAGUCCGUCUGCUAAUUCACACAGUCAUCAACAGCAAAUAUUUUGAUCUUGCCAUAGCUGGCGUCAUUGGUCUUAAUGUCAUCACCAUGGCAAUGGAAUAUUAUAUGAUGCCACCGGAACUGAAGUUUGCGUUAAAGAUCUUUAACUAUUUCUUCACAAGCGUGUUCAUCCUAGAAGCUGCCAUGAAAAUCGUUGCUCUUAGCUUUCUAAGAUACAUAAAAGACAGAUGGAACCAGUUGGACAUCCUGAUAGUGAUCCUGUCAAUAGCGGGGAUAGUUCUGGAGGAGAUGGAGACGAACGUCAUUCCCAUUAACCCAACCAUCAUCCGUGUCAUGAGAGUCCUCCGCAUCGCUCGCGUUCUCAAGCUACUGAAGAUGGCCAAGGGUAUUCGUGCCUUGCUCGACACUGUGAUACAAGCCCUGCCCCAGGUGGGCAACCUCGGCUUGCUCUUCUUUCUUCUCUUUUUUAUAUUUGCUGCCCUUGGUGUGGAGCUCUUCGGCAGACUGGAAUGUUCUGAACAACAUCCCUGUGAGGGCCUCGGCGAGCACGCUCACUUCCGUAACUUCGGCAUGGCAUUCCUGACGCUGUUCCGCGUUGCCACGGGUGACAACUGGAACGGCAUCAUGAAGGACACGUUGCGUGAGAACUGCGAUGGCUCGGACAAGUGUCUGCACAACUGCUGCGUCAGCCCCAUCAUCGCCCCUGUCUACUUCGUCGUCUUCGUCCUCAUGGCGCAGUUCGUCCUCGUCAACGUUGUCGUAGCCGUCUUGAUGAAACACCUCGAGGAGACUUACAAGUAUAAAGAGCUGGAUGAUGAGGUGGAGGAGGAAUUACGACAGGAAUUGGCUCAAAUAAAACUUGAUAAAGCAGCAGAAAUGAUUGAGAUGGAGGAGGCCCAUCGACAGUUUGAUGAUUUUGAGACAGUCCCUGUUGAGGAAGAAGAGUUUAAGAAGGUGGACGAGACUGUCGAUGGUAGUAAUAAGAAUAAUGUAGAAGAUGAACAGAAGGAGGCCAUUGACAAUGCUGAGGAAGAUGAGUCGGCCAGUCUUGAGAACAAAGACAGCGACUCCCGGGCUCAGCCCAACUUCACGUUCAGUGUGCGACCACCGAGUGAGGAGCAGUCCGCCAGCGAUGAUCACAAUUCAAUACCUUCCAAAAUACAGGUGACAGUCGUGAGCCUGGAGUCUCAAAACCCAGGAGGAAUUACGAUCCAAUGUAAAAGCCCGGUGCAGUCUUGCUGUAAACCUUCUGUCAUUGUACAUUCUACCUCACCAACGGGUUCUCUGAAAACCGUGGAGGAACACACAACAGCAGCAGCAGCAGAGAGCCCUUCUUCUUCAGCAUUAGUGUACAGCAGCCCCAAAAGCUCAAGAUCGGACAGCCAUUCUCGGUGCUUGCGGCGAAAACCGCUCGUGAAGCAACACCGUGUAGAAACGAGUCCCGAGUCGCAGAUCCACCGAAGCAUCCCUUCGUUACUGCAGGAGCAGGAGCAGGAUCUGUGCUCAGCCAAGCUCCAUUCCCACAUGAUCUCCAAGUCCAGCCCCAUGCUGCCACACGACGACAAUGUCUGGCACAUGGAGGAGGAAGUUUCGGGCUACGAGUCCCCGAAAAAGGGUCUUCAUAAACGAUUUCUUCUCCGGAGUAAAAGCAGUGGUGCAAAAUACAGCAGAUUCAGGGAUAAGUACACCGCCAGGACUAAGUCCCCCCUAGCUCAGCAGUCACAGAGUUGUGCAGAGGCCACCAAGUGUGCGGAACAGGUUCCAUUGUCGAAACUGAUUUCUAAAGUGGUUUCUAAGGACAAUAAGGAAAACCCGAGUCAGCAACAGCAACAACAGAAGCAGAAACAGAAGCAGCAGCAGCAGCAACAACAGCAGCACAGCAGUGGGGAAACUGGUUCCGAUUUGGAUGACUCUCUCAUUUCUGACUGGGCCGAACUCGAAGCUGCCUGUGAUGCCGAAGUUAAAAAUAUAACUGGAGACACUGAGGAGGAAGAUGAUGUGAAACCCACUUUGAAUUCCUUCGCUUCAGAGAGCCACGAUGACAGCUUCCUGGAGUCCUCAAACUCAGACUCUAACCUUGUGUCCGACUCCCCAAACUGUUCCAUGACCACGGACAGUGAUCUGGUCUGCAGCCAUUCCAAGAACCCAGGGCAAAUAACUCAUCCUGUGGGUCAGGAGGCAACGAGAGUUACUGUUCUUGUGCCUGAGGUGAAAAUCUAUCAUCCUGGUGUUGACAAUUCCAGUUUCGAACUUGGUGAGAUUUCGACGAAUAAUCCCAAAAAACCGCUCUGUGGCGACAGUUCGUUGUUGUCGGUGGGUGAUAAUAACUCUGACCCGGCAAGCGAAUGUGAUGGCGCCACCGUGUCUUCGGAAGGUCCAGUCGAUUCAGAUUCGUCCUGGUUCCUUGGUGCCAUCGGUUACAGCGACCAGCUGACAGACUCUGAACAUCACGAAUACGUCUGACAAAAAUUGAAAAUCAAUUUUGUUAAUAUAUAUAUAUAUGUACAUUUUUGUAUUAUAUACAUAUGAAUGUGUGAAUGUUUGUAUGUGUAUGAGAGAGAGAGAGAGAAAAAAACUACAAAAAAAACAACAAGAGAGACUGAAAUUGUAAUAUAAUUAACCUAUGGAAUUGUGGGAUUAAAUAUGACUUUUUUAUGUUGGAUGAAGUUAUUGUGAUACUUGUUGAAACAGUCCAAGCUGUACGAUAUCGAGGCUUGGUUUCAGUGCCGUUACCUGCAAAUAUGUAAAUGCAACUUUUGUGUGAUUGUGAUUUGUUAAAAAUUAAAAAAUUAAACCUACAGUCUAUGUUUGAACGAGCUGGGUGAAACAAGUUAACACUGUAUUAAGUAUUCUGGUGCAUGCAGAUGUAUGUGUAAUAAACUAGAUGUACAUGUA